UCUGGUUUAGCCGACAAGAUGAUGAACAUGAACGCGCCGCUCCUGACCGUGGCCACGUGCAACCUCAACCAGUGGGCGCUGGACUUUGAUGGCAACCUCGAGCGCAUCAUGAGCUCGAUCCGCAUUGCCAAGGCGCGCGGGGCCACGUACCGCCUCGGGCCGGAGCUCGAGAUCUGCGGUUACGGCUGUGAAGAUCACUUCCUCGAGGCCGACACGUUCUUCCAUUGCUGGGAAAGCAUGGCGACGCUGCUCUCGUCGGACGUGACGGACGGCAUCUUGUGCGAUAUCGGCAUGCCCGUCAUGCAUGGCGGCGUGCGCUACAACUGCCGCGUCUUCUGCCUGGACCGCAAGAUCCUCUUUAUUGCCCCAAGCUCUUCCACGCCGACGAUGGCAACUACCGCGAGACGCGCUGGUUCACGACGUGGAAGAUUCACGCCGACGCCGCGCUCAACUUGCAGUCGCACAUGCUGCCGCUUUCGAUCCAGGAACUCACGUCGCAGGUCGAAGUGCCCUUUGGCAUUGGCGCCAUUGCGACGCGCGACUCGCUCAUCUCAUCGGAGACGUGCGAAGAGCUCUUCACGCCGGACGCGCCCCACAUUUCGCUGUCACUUGGCGGCGUCGAGAUCAUCGGCAACGGGUCGGGCUCGCACCACGAGCUGCGCAAGCUCCACCACCGCAUCGACUUGAUUCGCGGUGCGACGGCCAAAGCGGGCGGUGUCUACUUGUAUGCGAAUCAGCAAGGCUGCGACGGCGGUCGCCUCUACUACGACGGCUGCGCGCUCAUUGUCGUCAACGGCCAUAUCGUCGCGCAGGGAUCGCAGUUCUCGGUCACGGACGUCGAAGUCGUCACGGCCGUUGUCGACCUCGACGACGUGCGCUCGUACCGCGGCGCGUGCAGCUCCCGUAGUGAGCAGGCAAGCUCGCCCUCGGAGCGCGCGCUCCCGCACGUCAACGUCAACUUCCGCGUCUGCCCGCCGACGUCGACCACCGCGUUUUUGGCGCCGUCGCCGCGCGUCGACUUCAAGUUCCACGCGCCCGAGGAAGAAAUUGCGCUCGGCCCGGCGUGCUGGAUGUGGGACUACCUCCGCCGCAGCAAGGCCAAGGGCUUCUUCCUCCCGCUCUCCGGCGGCGCCGACUCGGCGUCCGUCGCGUGCAUCGUCGGUGUCAUGUGCCACCUCGCGACCGCAGCCGGCAAUGCCGGAGACGUCCAAGUCCAAAAGGACAUUUUGUACCUUCUCGGGAAGGACGCGAAUGCAGCGUACGCGCCGCUGACGCCGCAAGAGCUCGCGAGCCAUGUUCUCCACACGACGUACAUGGGCACCGAGAACAGCUCACUGGCGACCGAGACGCGCGCCAAGACGCUCGCGGCCGAGAUCGGCAACUACCACUUGACCGUCAAGAUCGAUGCGAUGGUGUCGGCCGUCGUCUCGACGUUUGCACUCCUCGUGGGCAAGACGCCGCGCUUUGGCGUCCAUGGGGGCACCGCGUCGGAGGACCUUGCGCUCCAGAACAUCCAAGCUCGCUUGCGCAUGGUCAUGGCCUAUCUCCUCGCGCAGCUCCUGCCGUGGGUCCGGUCCAAGACGGGCUUCCUCCUCGUGCUCGGCUCGGCCAACGUCGACGAGGCCCUCCGUGGGUACAUGACCAAGUACGACUGCUCGAGCGCGGAUCUCAACCCGAUUGGUGCUGUCUCCAAGACCGAUCUCAAGCGGCUCUUGGUGUACGCGGCCAAAAAGUACAACUACCCGACGCUGGCGACUGUCGUCGCCGCGCCGCCGACCGCCGAGCUUCGCCCGAUGGCGUCCGGCGCCGACGAAGAGCAUUCGCAGGUCGACGAAGAAGACAUGGGCAUGACGUACGAGGAGCUCGGCUGGUUUGGCCGUCUCCGCAAGAUCGAUCGGUGUGGUCCGCUCUGGAUGUUCCGGAAGCUCUCGCAUGUCUGGACGCAAUUGACGCCGACCGAGAUCGCGACCAAGGUCAAGCGCUUCUUCUUCUACUACGGCAUCAACCGCCACAAGAUGACGACGCUGACACCAUCGUACCACGCGGAAAACUACUCGCCGGACGACAACCGGUUCGAUUUGCGCCCGUUCUUGUACAACUCGUCGUGGUCGCGCCAGUUCAAGUCCAUUGACACGAUGGCGUCGGCGAUGGAUGCCCACAAGGCCAAGACCGACUAGGCCACGAUACGACGUGUAUAACCCACUUUCAAAUGCAGCUUCUCUUGUGCCUCGCA